UUUUUUUGCGUUGGCAUUCGCUUUUUCUGUUGUCCGGGGGACUUUCUCUUGCCUUGGACAUUUUCUGGAAGGCAUUCGUUGGCUUUCUGUGACUCUUGCUUUUGUCCUGUUCACAACUAUACCCUCACCCCUCACUUCACAUUCUACCGUCACAAUGGUCGACGCUCCCGAGAGCCCGAGGCCCCAGGAACAAACUCCCCAAAAGAAUGUCUUCCAGAAUGGGGUCAGAACCACAGGCCGGGCCUUCCACUCCCCCAACUGGCGUGUGAAGCGCGAUGAGAGCCCUAGUGGCCAGAGCGCCGCUGCCGGGUCCCCCGGUCCCAAGACCAGCACCUCGAGAAUUGCAUUCAGCAGACCCAGCCCGCACGUGCCCCAGGCCAUCUCGGAGGGCCGCCGUCUCUACGUGGGCAACAUGCCCUACACGGCCAAGUCGGAGGAUGUGCAGGCUCUCUUCGAUGCGGCUGAGUUCCGAAUCGAGCGUAUCGAUAUCGCCAUCGAUCCCUUCACCGGCCGCAACCCCUCAUACUGUUUCGUCGAUUUGGAGACCAAGGAGCUGGCUGAGCGCGCCAUGACGGAGUUGGACGGUCGGGACAUGCUUGGUCGUCCCGUCAAGAUCAAGCCUGGUGUCGUGAAGACCCAGAGUGAGCGGGCUCAGCAGCAGCAACAGCAACAGCCGCGCUCGGAUGCCUCCCCUCGUGAGACUCGCUCUUCUCCGUUCAGCAUGGACCGAUGGCGCCGCGGCGACGAGGCCCAGCCCCCGCGCACUCCGUCGAAGACCACUACCACCACCACCGCCAGUACCCCCUCCAACAGCGAUCCCAGCCGUCGCCUCUAUGUUGGCGGCCUCCCGAGGCUGACGGACCAGGAGGCGAUCACCAGCAACAUGACCAACUUCUUCAAGGAUUACAAAGUUGAGAAUGUCAGCAAGCUGUUCGCUCCUCACCCCGCGAAGAGAUUCGAGCCCGGUGACCACUACUACCUGUUCGUCGACUUCAGCAGCGUCGAGGAGGCUGAGAAUGCCAUGAACGCGCUGAACCGCGCGGAGGGUCCCUGGGGUGCUGUCCUCCGGGUCCAGAGAGCCCGUGGAGAGAACAACUCGCAAGAGCGGAGACCGAAGUGGUCGUCCAGCCGGGACGAAGCCACCCCAGUUGCUGAGGAGGUUGCGGCCGCCGCAUAGUCUCACUAGCGCGACACAUCGGAGCAAUCAUCCAUCAUGGGAACCAGACUUCAUCCCCAACACUAAAAAUAGAUGCCUGACGUUGUUACGAUAUGAAUAAGGGGCUUUCCACCCCCCAAAAAAGAAGUUACGAACUACGCUCAUCCGCCUCCGCCUCCGUUGAUAAGCCGCGAACCGGGAGCCAAUGGCACGCCAUGGGUCUGCGGAAAGGGGCAAUGCUUAGCAAGGCUGCUGGAGAACCCGCGCUGAAGCACCUAUCGAUGGCCUCGACGUUUGUAUCCAUAGGGCUACGCAUCUACCGUACGGAUAUGAGACGGAGACGGAGACUAAAAAAAGGGGGACACGGUUAAAAAUAUCGGCCCGAUGGCCGGCAAAAGCAUUGCAUAGCAGGACGCCUGGAAUUUUACCUAUCUAUAAUAUCCACAAAUGC